GGUGGGUUACACAGAAUGACGGGAACCUACAAAGGGCAUAUCACAGUUAUAGUCCUAGUCCUCAUGAUUUGGACUGUAAUGGAGUAUGCUGCUUCAAACUACUGGACUCGAAUGGACACAAAUGACUUCAUUGCCCCAGCAAAGUACCCUGGUGUGGACCUAAGUGUGUCAGCUGAGAGUCCUCGGUGCCCGGAUGUGAAGACAGGGAUGAUGAGAGGAAGAUGGAGGCCUCGCAUUCUGACUGCACAAGAGAAAGUAGACAUAGGCUCAUUUCUCAAGUCAGCCCGACAUCGUACCCCAAAGCCAAUGCAGAGAAGCGACGGAAAAUGUGGGAACGUGGCAUAUGAAAACGUUUACUACAUACGUGCGCUGUGUAACCCGGCAGGUCCUACGCCAUGUUGCUAUGGUGAUACGUGCAUCAACAAGACCCCGGAUGACUGUAAAUGUCCGAACUGUUACGAUCUUCGUACUGAGAUUCAUGCAGAGUACUCUACGUGGGAGCCCGAAGACUCCCGAUGUCAGGUGAAGAAGUUCACAGCUCAGCAGGCAUGUGUUCUACUGAAGGGGCUGACAAUAACCUUUGUAGGAAAUUCUUUUGUGCGCCACGUGUACACGGCGCUGCUGUUGUUGAUGACCAACUAUGAUAUUAAUGGUGCCUUCAUUGCUGGUAAACCAAAAGACAUCCUUUGCAACGGAAUGUACGGAUUCUCGGAUGCACUAUGUAGGAAAAGGCUCAAGAGACAAGUAACUCUCUGUGGCGGGAGUGUGACUGUCAAAAUGUUGGAAUACAAUCGUGCCCUACUGGCGGCACAGUUCCAUAAGGAUUUUCGUUCAUUUCUUCAUAAAAAGAAAACAAUGGUUCUAGUUGGUAUUGGUAUCCACGAUCAUUUUAACUUUGAAAGCGUGUUUAAUGAAUAUAUGUAUCCCGUUAUUGACAUGAUGAGAAAGAACAAAGCUUCAGGGCCAAAGAUGAUCUGGUUUUCCAAUCACAAAUUUGGUAUCCUGAAAUCUCCAAAGAUGCCGACACAAAGUAAUAGUCGCGUAGCAGCCUUCAACAAACGUAUGUCUGAGGCUUUGGGAAAGUAUCAUAUACCCAUUUUUGACACUUAUAAUUUAACAUCGGAUGUGUCGAGCUCGGACGGGGCUCAUUUUGGUAUGGGUGUAAAUGUCAUGAAAGCGCAAUUGCUUCUGAACUAUUUGUUGGAAAUGAAAUCAAAACGUUAUUCGUGAACCAAUAAACUAAACAUGACUUGAGUUAAUACUUGAUUCUGAUCGGUUAAUAAAGUCAAUCAGAGAUAUACAAUCACGUUAUACGGGUCUCUGAUGAGCGGCUGCGCAAAUAUAUAUUUACGGUA